AUGGAAGUCGACGAUUUCGAGGCGAAGACGAAUCACUUCCUCUCUUGGCUUGCCUUUCAGGGAGUUGUCUUGAGCCCGAAAAUGGCACUCGUGGAUUUGAGGAGCUCAGGUCGAGGAAGAGGAGUCGUGGCAACCGGAGAUUUCGAGUCGGACGAACUGAUAUUCAGUGUCCCGCGUUCCGCAGUGUUGAACUUAAAUACGGUUUUCUUUGGCUCGAGUAGUGUAUCCGACCUAGAAUUCAAGAUCCGGAAUUUGGCAAGUUGGCUGGCUCUCACCGCCAUCAUACUCGAUGAAAGUCGUCGACAGGAUUCAAAAUGGGCUCCCUACCUCGCGAUAUUACCUCGACAGCUGCACAAUCUUACUUUCUGGUCGGAUGCGGAACUUUCGGAACUACAAGCCAGUAAAGUUGUCAGCAAGAUUGGAAAGUCUGGCGCAGAAGAGUUCUUCUCCAGGUCCCUUGCCCCACUUGGAUUAACAGACUACAAUAUCGAAGAGUGCCACAAAGUCGCGUCGAUCAUAAUGUCCUAUGCAUUCGACAUUCCGGAAGAGAAUACAACAGUAGAUGAGAAAUCGGGAGACGAAGGAGAAGAAUUGGUGUCUGAUGAUGAGGAGGACGAAAAGAUAUUGUUGUCAAUGAUACCUCUUGCUGACAUGUUAAACGCAGAUGCAGACAGGAACAAUGCUCGACUAUGCUGCGGUAAUAAAGAUUUUGAGAUGAGAAGCAUCAAGAAUAUUGCUGCGGGCGAGGAGAUAUUCAACGACUAUGGCCAGCUACCCCGUUCCGACCUCCUGCGACGGUAUGGGUAUGUUAGUGAGACUUACGCACUAUACGACGUGGCAGAGAUAAUAACACAGGAAAUGCUUUCCCUCUUCAUGUCCAAAGAAGCGUUUCAAGGCUUAAAUCUGAGUCCACUCAGCCAAGGACAGCUCGAUAGCAGGGUUGAACUGGCAGAACGAGAAGGCAUCUUUGAUGACUCCUAUGAUCUCUCUCAUCCAGGACCCGAAAGACCCAGCAUUCCAGAUGAACUUCUUGCUCUACUCUACUUAGUUCUCCUCGACGACCAGAGUUUGAAGGCCCUUUACGACUCCGACGGCCUUCCGAGUCGAUCAAAACUUGCCACGGAAGUCGUUGGUCAGGUCCUCGUGACUGUUAUUCAACUCAGGGAAAAGGAAUAUGCAACAAGCCUUGAAGAAGAUGAAACCUUGCUCUCAACAGGAAAUCUUCCUCAUCGAAUUGCCAUGGCUGUACAAGUGCGACUUGGCGAGAAAGCCGUCUUGAGAGCAGCGAUCAAAGAAGCAACAACCUUUACUGGAAGCAACAAACGAAUGAGAUUGGGAGGAAAGAACAAUUUGGUCGGUGAGGGGAAGGGGAAGAGAUCCAUCGAGGAACCAACAGGUCCAAAGAAAAAGGGUCGGUUCAGAUGA